CGUCCGCCAGCCGACCUCUUACCAUUCCCUCGCUCCUGCCUCCAGAAGAAGUUUUGUCGGGAUCCGAGCGCUUCUUCCCGCCCCCUGCUCCCUCAGUGCCGGGCGAAACCGCCACCCACCGCCUUCCCGAACCGCCUUUGGACAAGAUGAUAUUACACCUGGUCGUGGCGGCGGCGAUGGCCGUGGCCACAACCCGCGCCUGGCCCAUUUCGCCUCUGGGGGACUAUCUACGAGGAGAAAUAGAAAACCAGAAUGUUACUUGCGGGGAUGACGUUAAAUUCUGGGUUCAUGAAGAUUCAAUUAAACUGACUUUCCUUGGCUCGAACAACCACCUUGGGAUCCCCGCCAGUUGCUCCGUCAAUAUUCGCAUCGAUGUGAACGACCUAGGUCUUGAGAAAUACGGUCUGCGGUUCAAGGGAAUCUACGACUUCCGAGACGAACUCAAUUCCAAUGAUGAGUGUUCCUCUUCCAGCCUAACAAUCACCGACAUGGAUGAUGAGCAAGACGAAACGGGAUCCAAACAAAGCACUUGCGGCCACGGUGAAGUCUCCUACCACACCUCGCAGGACUCGACUAACGUGCAGUUCAAAACGGGUCCUCAGGGCGCCACUGGACUCGGGUUCAGUCUCUUGGUUGAGCCUCAUUACCUCUGCGGGGGACACAUCACUACAAGCACGCGCAUUAGCUCACCUGAUUAUCCUGACCCUUACCCAAUCGAUAUAGGUUGUUUCUGGUUCAUACAGGGCGAAGAAAUAACACUUCGUUUUCUGGAUUUCGAUCUAAAUCCGAAAAAGUGCAAUGACUUAGUUGAGAUCCAAUCUUUGCAAGGUGAAAGUGACGUUUUUUGCGGAUCGAACAUGAAUAACAAAGCCAAGACAUACAAUGGACCAAUUUAUCUGAAGUUCCGGUCUACGAAACGGCGGGUGAAUCUGAAUAAAGGAUUUAACUGCAAAGUUAUUAUUAAAUCUUCAAAGAAGAGUUUGCCAAAUAUGUUAGCAAAGUUUUAUGAAGAGUAAAAUAUUGUAAUCUUACUCUUUGUAAAACACAUUUCAAGAACUUCAAAUGACACACCACGCCAUCAUUCAUUCAUUAUUCAACAAAAAAAAAAAAAAAGUAUUGAACAAAAUUGCAUCUAAAUCAUGAAAAUUAUGGUGCAAGAUACAAGUACACAUAAAAGAAUAACAAGGCAAAAACAAGACAAUUAAAAAAUAAAUAAUUAAAUAAAAUGAAAUAAUGUCAUUUUCUUAAUAAAAGUAAAAUAAGUUAAUCAUAUUUAAUCAUAUAUUUACAAGCACUUUUUCUUUAGUUUUUAACUCACAUUUGUUUUGAACGUGUUAGAAAAAUAUAAUCUCAUUGUGGAAAGAUAAAACGUAUUUUGAGUGGCUGGCGUCUUGCUUUGGAACGUUAUGUUUAUCCUGAAUUCACUAGAAUGAUGCAACCCCCAUCUCUGUGUAACUAGCAAUGGCACAUACCUGGAACAAAAGUAUGUAACCAAAUUGAAAGCAAUAAAAUUUCUAAAUUGGCAA